AUGAGAUUAAAAGGUAGUAACUUUUGUUCUCUUUCUCUCUCUCUCUCUCUCUCUCUCUUUCUCUCUCUCUCACUCUCUCUCUCUCUCUCUUCAUUCACCUUUCUUUCUUUCUUUCUUUCUUCAUUCAUAAUUUUCUUUUUCCUUCUUUCCUCUGAUUAUUUUAUCUUUCUUUCAUUCUUUCUUUCUUUCUUUCAUCCGUUAUUUCUUUCUUUCUUUUUUCUUCAUUUAGGCAUUGCAGAUACCCUUCUUUUUUUUUCUUUCUUGGUAUCUAUCACUAACUCUGCAUUUAUCACUUCUUCUCUCUCCUUGCUCCAUAUCUUUAAGGUAUACCCUGACAAUCCACUCAAUACUUCCAACCUUGCUUCCUUCAUUUUUUCCUCAUUAUUCCAAAAUACCUCCCUUCUUACUUGCUAUUAUUCAUUACAAAAUCGUUUCCUUCUUUUCACCCUCUACUUCUUUCCAACCUCACUUCCUUUCGUUCCAUCUCUUCUUCCAAACUUCGCUUCCUUCUUACUUGCUCCAAUUCAUUCCAAAAUAACUUCCUUAUUUUCACCCUACCCUUCUUUCCAACCUCGCUUCCUUCUUUUCCUCCUACCCUUCUUCCCAGCCUCAUUUUCUUCAUUAUACCUCCCCAUCUUUCCAACCUCGCUUCCUUCUCUUCCUCCUACCCUUCUUCCCAGCCUCAUUUUCUUCAUUAUACCUCCCCAUCUUUCCAACCUCGCUUCCUUCUUUUCCUCCUACCCUUCUUCCCAACCUCAUUUUCUUCAUUAUACCUCCCCAUCUUUCCAACCUCGCUUCCUUCUUUUCCUCCUACCCUUCUUAACAACCUCAUUUUCUUCAUUAUAUCUCCCCAUCUUUCCAACCUCGCUUCCUUCUUUUCCUCCUACCCUUCUUCCCAACCUCAUUUUCUUCAUUAUACCUACCCAUCUUUCCAACCUCGCUUCCUUCUUAUUUGCUCCCAUUCAUUUCAAAAUCGCUUCCUUCUUUUCACCCACCCAUUCUUUCAAACCUCACUUCCUACUUUUCUUCCUCCCAGUCUUUUCUACCUCGCUUCCUUCUUUUCUUUUUGCCCUUGUUUCCAACGUCACUUUCUUCAUUUCUUCCUCCCCUUCUUACUUGUUCCCAUUCAUUCCAAAAUCGCUUCCUUCUUUUCACCCACCCAUUCUUUACAACCUCGCUUCCUUCUUUUCUUCCGCCCCUUCUAUCCAACCUCACUUCCUUCUUUUCUUCUUCCCCUUCUAUCCAACCUCGCUUCUUUCUUUUCUUCUUCCCCUUCUAUCCAACCUCGCUUCCUUCUUUUCUUCUUCCCCUUCUAUCCAACCUCGCUUCCUUCUUUUCUUCUUCCCCUUCUAUCCAACCUCGCUUUCUUCUUUUCUUAUUUCCAACCUCGCUUUCUUUUCACUUGCCCCCAUUCAUUCCAAAUUCGCUUCCUUCUUUUCACCCACUCUUUCCAAACUAAAUUGCUACUUUUCUUUCCACUUUUUUCCUACCUCGCUUCCUUCUUGUCUUCCUCCCCAUCUUUCCAACCUCGCUUCCUUCUUAUUUGCUCCCAUUAAUUUCAAACUCGUUCACUUCUUUUCACUCACCCAUUCUUUCCUACCUCAAUUCCUUCUUUUCUUCCCUCUUCUUUCCGACCUCGCUUGCUUCUUUUCUUCCUCACAUUCUUUCCAACCUCACUUUCUUUAUUUCUCCCUCCCCAUCUUUCCAACCCCGCUCUGCUUUAUUUGCUCCCAUUCAUUCCAAAAUCUAUUCCUUUUUUUUCAUCUUUCCCUUUUUUCAACCUCACUUCUAUCUUUUCUUCCUCCCCUUCUUUUCAACCUCACUUCCAUCUUUUCUUCCCCCCCUUUUUUAACCUCACUUCCAUCUUUUCUUCUUCCUCUUCUUUCCAACCUCACUUCCAUCUUUUCUUCUUCCUCUUCUUUCCAACCUCACUUCCAUCUUUUCUUCUUCCUCUUCUUUCCAACCUCACUUCCAUCUUUUCUUCCCCCUUUUCUUUCCAACCUCGAUUGCUUUUUACUUAUUCCCAUCCAUCCCAAAAUCGCUUCCUUCUUUUCACUCAGCCCUUCUUUCCAACGUCAAAUUAUUCAUGUCUUCCUACACUUCUUUCCAACCUCGCUACCUACUUUUCUUCCUCCCUUUCUGUCUAAAGUCGCUUCCUUCUUUCUUGUUCCCAUUCAUUCCAACCUCACUUUCUUCUUUUCUUCUUUCCAUUCUUUCCAACCUCGCUUCCUUAUUACUUGUUCUCAUUCAUUGCAAAAUCGUUUCCUUCUUUUCAAUAUCCACAUUCGCUUCCUUCUUUCUUGUUCCCUUUCAUUCCAACCUCACUUCCUUCUUUUCUUCUUUCCAUUCUUUCCAACCUCCUUCCUUUCUUGCUCUCAUUCAUUCAAAAUCGUUUCCUUCUUUUCAAUAUCCACAUGUUUCCAACCUCACUUCCUUCUUUUCUUCCUCCCCUUCUUUCUAACCUCACUUCCUUCUUUUCUUCCUCCUCAUCUUUCCAACCUCACUUCCUUCUUUUCUUCCUCCCCUUCUAUCCAACCUCACUUUCUUCUUUUCUUUCUCCCCUUCUAUCCAACCUCACUUCCUUCUUUUCUUCCUCCCCUUCUUUCUAACCUCACUUCCUUCUUUUCUUCCUCCCCAUCUUUCCAACCUCACUUCCUUCUUUUCUUCCUCUCCUUCUAUCCAACCUCACUUCCUUCUUUUCUUCCUCCCUUCUUUCUAACCUCACUUCCUUCUUUUCUUCCUCCCCAUCUUUCUAUCCGUACUUCCUUCUUUUCUUCCUUCCCUUCUAUCCAACCUCACUUCCUUCUUUUCUUCCUCCCCUUCUUUCAAACCUCACUUCCUUCUUUUCUUCCUCCCCAUCUUUCCAUCCUCACUUCCUUCUUUUCUUCCUCCCCUUCUAUCCAACCUCACUUCCUUCUUUUCUUCCUCCCUUUCGAUCCAACCUCACUUCCUUCUUUUCUUCCUCCCCAUCUUUCCAACCUCACUUCCUUCUUUUCUUCCUCCCCUUCUAUCCAAACUCACUUCCUCCUUUUCUUCCUCCCCAUCUUUCCAACCUCACUUCCUUCUUUUCUUCCUCCCCAUCUUUCCAACCUCACUUCCUUCUUUUCUUCCUCCCCUUCUUUCCAACCUCACUUCCUUCUUUUCUUCCUCCCCUUCUAUCCAACCUCACUUCCCUUUUCUUCCUCCCCUUCUAUCCAACCUCACUUCCUUCUUUUCUUCCUUCCUUUCUAUCCAACCUCACUUCCUUCCUUUCUUCCUCCCCUUCUAUCCAACCUCACUUCCUUCUUUUCUUCCUCCCCUUCUAUCCAAACUCACUUCCUCCUUUUCUUCCUCCCCAUCUUUCCAACCUCACUUCCUUCUUUUCUUCCUCCCCAUCUUUCCAACCUCACUUCCUUCUUUUUUCUUCCUCCCCCUUCUUUCCAACCUCACUUCCUUCUUUUCUUCCUCCCUUCUAUCCAACCUCACUUCCCCUUUUCUUCCUCCCCUUCUAUCCAACCUCAAUUCCUUCUUUUCUUCCUUCCUUUCUAUCCAACCUCACUUCCUUCCUUUCUUCCUCCCCUUCUAUCCAACCUCACUUCCUUCUUUUCUUCCUCCCCAUCUUUCCAACCUCACUUCCUUCUUUUCUUCCUCCCCUUCUAUCCAACCUCACUUCCUUCUUUUCUUCCUCCCCAUCUUUCCAACCUCGCUUCCUUCUUUUCUUCCUCCCCUUCUAUCCAAACUCACUUUCUUCUUUUCCUCCAUCUUCUUUCCAAUCUCGCCUCCUUCCUUUCAUUGCAAUCUCGCCUUGCAUCCUUUCAUUCUAAAAUCGCUUCCUUUUUUUUCACCCUCCCUUUCUUUCCAACCUCACUUUUUUCUUUCCGCCUCUCCCUCUCCCAAUCUCGCUUCCUUCAAUUUCUUCACCAGAAAAAAAAUGGUGGUGACGAUACAGGUAUAGACACUGUUGAUAAGAUAAUGCGGAAGGUAGGACUCGGUUACAAAUUAACCUUGGCUCUCGUAAAGUGA